AUGACAUGGGAUGCAGUUUUCCUUUGUUUUGAUGUCAAAGAUAAAUCUUCCUUGUAUACUAUCACAAACUGGUGGCUCCAUGCCACCGAGGCCGGCUUUUGCUCUAGCCAAGAUUUUAGGCCAGAUGUGCAGCUUCUAGGUCUAAAGUCCGAUCUUCGAUGCGAAUGUGCACUCCGACUGCCAUUAAAAGAGCGCAGAGUUUGGCCCGUAACAUCGCUCUCUUGCUGCGUCUCCCAAUCCGAGGCGACUUCUCAAGCUCGAAUGAUUGAAGCAGCUGGCUACAAUGAAUGCUCUGCUCUGACUGGGGAAGGAAUUAGUGGUGUAAUUGAUGGUCCUGCGAUCCGUGCCGUGGAACGCAUCUUGGAGAGAGAGCAUGAUAUGGUGCCAUUGCCAGCGAAAAGAAGACGAUUGUUGUAG